GAUCGGUUGGAAGCGCCGUCCAACACGUGAGGCUCAUGUGACGGAGGUAGCUCAGCUCUCCAACCGAGAGACGGUCUUGUCACAGGGUUUAUUUAACACGUAGACCAAACCCUCCUCUAUCACACAUUUACCCGGGAGUAGAGCUUCGGAACUAUUGCUGUGCUUGGAUCUCAGAGUGACAACAUCACAUUGACAGUCUGCAAAGCAAUAGCCUGUUGAAAGAUUAUUAUUUAUAGAAAAAGUGUUAACUAUUGAAAAGAAGAACAUAACAAUAAUAGCAAGAAGAAGAAGAAAAAUAUUUAUUUCUUAAAUUACAAUAUUUGCUGACUAUUGAAACACAACUGAAGAAGCCUAUUUUUAAGGUUGAAUUGUUUGAAGACCAAUAUUUGGAUUUAAUAAAGACGCAAAAUGGAGAGGAUUACAAGUGCACAACCUCCUCCUUGUAUGGCAAAACACCAGUUGCUGGAGAUGGCAGACAUGCAAGAGUAAGUCCCCAGAAACAGCUGGUAAUGUAUGCAUUAUAACAUUGUAAAACAACCUGGUAUUGUUGUGUAAAUAAAUAAAUAACUUUAAACAUGACUUCUUAUCAAUAUGUUCUUCCCAUUGCCCUAUAGAAUGGAUUUCCCAAUGUACGUGUACAAACCCCGAAGGGGGUUGAAGCGCGGGGAAGACAGUAAGGUAUGCUACAGUUCUUUACUUUAAACAUUUUGUUCAUUUAGUUUAAAACAACAUGUUCAUCGUUGGUAAUUCAUUAAUUAUUAUUCCAUUUUGAAUAUAUGUUACACAUAGACUAACAAAUGUAUGCAUGUUUUCCCAUAGGAGACAUACAAGUUACCCCACCGAUUGAUUGAGAAGAAAAGACGUGACAGAAUCAAUGAAUGCAUUGCCCAACUGAAGGAUUUAUUGCCAGAACAUCUCAAACUUGCAGUGAGUACGAAUUUCAUGUGUACUGACUGUGUAAUAGCAAUGCAAAAGGUCUAGCGCCACCUGGUUCAUGUUUGAUUUGUUUGGCCGAAUCAAUGCCUUGAUUAGUCUGACAUUUAAUUCAAACAUUUUGCCUGUUAUGACAAAGGAAACGUAUUAUUCGAUUUUUUUUCAUAAUUGUCCCCCACGAUGAAAUCGGGGAUGGGACUGUGGAUCUGUCUCCGUCUGUCGGUUCGUUCGUUCAUAUGUUAGUCAGACGCGAUGUCUCAGACAGCACUGGGCCGAUGUUGACAAAACUUGUGUGAAUUAUGCGUUUUGACAUAGAGAUCCGGCAUUUACAAAAUUACACUGAUUGAUUGGCUCAAGGCGGGAGCUAUAGUAAUGAACUGAAAUCUGCAUCAUUUGUGGGGUAGACAUGUUUACUGUUGCCGUUUGUAAAUUUGUUUUAUUAUUAUUAUUAUAUCAAUAAUUGUUCAUAUUAUCAUACUGAAAAGUUUGGCUAAUUAUAAUUAAUUGAUUUAACUGCCUACACAUAUUGCCCCAAACUCUUUAAAAACAAUACAUAUUACAUAAAUAGUACAUUCAUCAACUAUGCCUUUAAGUUAUAUUUAUUGCAUUGUGUUGGAAUGUUGGUGUGUGCGGAUUCCCUGCCUUCCCCCCUGUUGUGGUUUGUCCUUUAUUCAGCUGCUGAAAGUGUUACAUAAGAAAGAUCAACAUGCUUAUGGAAGGUCUUCCUGUUUUAGACUUUGGGCCAUUUGGAGAAAGCUGUGGUGUUGGAACUCACUCUGAAGCAUGUGAAAGCCCUAAGCACUCUCCUGGAACAGCAGCAGCAGAAGAUCAUUGCAUUGCAGAAUGGCAUUCAAAUCAGUAAGUUUGAUACAAUGUUUCAGUUUAUUAUGGACUACACCCUAUUCUCCCCGAUCAAUAGUAUUAUUUAUUAUUGACAGACCAUACCAUUGAGACGGUUGGUUUCAUUGCCAAAACUGUAUUAUUAUUGAAUAUAUCUGAUAUGACUUUGUUUUUCACAGGUGAUCAGAGCAGUAUUAGCUCAGAGAACAGUGAGGAGAUCUUCCGCUCUGGCUUCCACGCCUGUGCUAAGGAGGUCCUUCAGUACCUGGCUAACCAGGAGAGCAGCAGAGACCACUUGAGCCCCUCCCACAUGAUCAGCCACCUCCACAAAGUAGCAUCAGAGGUGCUCCAGGGUCCACCCAGACCCCGGCCAGAAGAGUCUACACACAAACCUGUCGAAAGCAUGGAGAAGCCUGCUGGUCAUCCGCCUAAGGGCAACGAGGGUCAUGCCAAGAACUUUGUAUCUGUCAUUCAAAGGACAUACCCCCACGGACAUGGGGAGCAGAGUGGCAGUGACACAGACACUGACAGCGGCUAUGGAGGGGAACACGAGAAACGGGACCCCAAAGGCCAACGCACAAGCUGCUACGGCAAGGAGGGGGAGCUCAAGUAUGCUGGGGCUGAGAGGAUGGCAGGAGGUGGCAUCAAGCAGGAGGGUGACGAGCCCCAGGCCAAGAGGUUAAGAGCUGACUCCUCAGAGGACGAGUCUUCCUCUGGACAGGUGGUCAGCAGCCACGGCAGCUAUAUGAGCUUCUCCCAACACCAGACCCCACUCUGCAUGCCCUUCUACCUCAUUCCCCAAAUGGCUGCAGCAUGGCCCAUGCUGGAGAAGUGCUGGUACCAAGGGGGCAUGCCCCUUUUGUACCCAGGCAUGAGUGGCUCUGCAGCCAGCUUGUCUCCAGAGAAACUACCCCAAAACCUGGUAAUGUCUCCCAGGCCAGGAUCCCCGGCACACCACCAGACACCUAUGGAUUCACCAGCUCUCUUCCAAGCUUUAAAGCAAGUCCCCCCCAUGAACUUGGAAUCCAAAGACUGAUAAACUUUUGUGUUUGCACCCUGCUCUAUGAAUAUUUGGUGUUGAAUAAAUUGCCUGCUGGAAGGCAUCCAGGGAAGGGAAGACAAAGACGAGAGCACCAGCAGCAGCUGUUUCACCCCUCAGCCCGCAUUCUCCCUUUGAGAGCAAACAGCAACUGUCACACACAAACUCAGUGGCCACCGCCCUCCAAGCCAGCACCCAUACACUGAGAGGAGCCUUGGAAAUAGUCAGCACUGAAGCUCAGUCCCUAUGGAGGCUCAAAUAUGACCUGUUGCAAAGUUCUGAGAAACUGUAAAGAGGUCUACACAAGGACAUGACAAAAGUGUUUGAGAGUGGGACUUACUGUGGGGAUGGUUUCUCUGCACUUGUGUUUAAUCUCAGCGUUAAACCCAGUAUAUGAUGCGCAGACAGCACAGCCCCCAGCCAUUCGGACCUGCCCUUUGCACACAUCGGUCUGUAAUGAAUGUAAGAAUUUAAACAAAACCCCUGUAGAUGCUGCUUGAGUUUCUACGUGUUGUAGACCUGUGACUGGAGGAUGAAACUGAAACUGAAACAAACCGUCCUUUAGACUAGAACGCUACAAAAUACGUCUCUGGUUUAUGUUGACCUGGGUUGUCACAAAAUCCAUUGCUCCCUCUUCACCCACCAAGUGUACCUUGCAGCUACAUGUAUUUUUAUUCUUUAAACAAGUCAGGAUGGUGUCACCAGACCUGAUAUGCGUCACUCAUGAUGUAAAUACAGAAGUUCUUUUUUUGUUUUGAGUUUGUAACUCGCUACCAUUCGUGCAAGUAGUUCGUGAGGUAAUGUCUUGUAAUUAUUUUGUUUAUACUACUUGUACAUAUCUAUUUUUGAUACAUGACCUACAGAGUGUAUUUUCAUUGUGACUUGAGGGAGUGCAUUUUAGAUGGCCAUUUUGCUGUAUGCCAAGAGAAUGUGUACAUUUUACAUUUUAGUCAU